AGCUCACAGCUGAUUAUCAAUGUCAAUUCUGUCAUUGUGCAAAAAUAUCCUUGUCCCUUGCAUAUUUUUGUGAAUUAGGGGAGUUAUAGACCAUAAUUUUGAAUUUGUUUUUAAACAGACAAAAAGGUUCAGUAUCAGAGAUUUCAGUAUGGAUAUAUGAAACACCUGGAAUACACUUCCUAAAAUCAUACCCAUUGUUACUAUGAGGUCCUUUAAGUUUAACAAAUUGAUAAUUUGAUGAUGAGCUAUUUUUAGUUAUUGGUUUCAAGACUUUACAAUUGAAGAAAGAACAAACAACGAGAUGAACCAGAAACGGAAAUCUGUAUUUAAACACAUAUACGAAAGGCAAUAUCUAACAAAACUGCCAAAACUUUCUGAAGUCACUAAAGAUGAUGAGGGAUUAGUCCAAAGAUUAGAUCUACUGAAAAGUCUACCAAUCCAUGAGGGAUGUGUGAAUACAAUUUGUUGGAAUGAAACUGGAGAAUACAUGCUGUCUGGCUCUGAUGAUCAACAUCUUGUCAUCACCAAUGGAUAUGAUUACAAAGUUAAAGCAAAUUAUCAUACUAGUCAUCGUGCAAAUAUCUUCAGUGCAAAAUUUUUGCCAUGUACCAAUGAUACUCAAAUAGUGUCUUGUGCUGGAGAUGGAGUUAUUUUGCAUACAGAUCUCAAUAGACCUCAAGAAACGUAUGACAGCCAAUUACUCUGUCAUGCAGGCACUACUACAUAUGAGGUCAUUACAAUUCCUAAUGAUCCUUUUUCAUUUUUAAGCUGUGGCGAAGAUGGCACUGUUCGUUGGUUUGAUUUGAGAUCAAAAUCUAGAAUCGCAUUGAAAUAUAUAAUAACAUUGCACAUGAUGCUGUACAGAGACAACCUACUUGACGCCUUUUUAGGGGGUUGCUAUAAGUCAAGAUGCAGUGAAGAUAUUAUAGUCUCAUGUCAACGAGCUGUGACUGCUCUAGCUAUCAGCCCUACCAACUCUUACCAGCUUGCCAUAGGAUGUGCUGACUCAAUGGUACGAAUCUAUGAUCGUAGGAAGCUGAGCACCCAGCCAGGAGAACACUUGCUAGCUCAACCAUUCUGCACCUUUGUCGCUCCACAUUUUGGAACUGAUAGACAUUAUAGGAUCACAUCUCUUAGUUAUAGCAAUGAUGGUCAAGAUAUGUUGGUCAGCUAUUCUAGUGACUAUCUGUAUCUAUUUCAUGUUAAGGAAAAUAUUACGACUGAAUUAAAGAAGACAAGAAAAAAGUCAUCAUGGGACAAAGUAAAGGCUGUGGCAGGUAAACGAGAAAGAUUGUCCCCACCUCCUGUUAGAAGAUUACGUUUGAGAGGUGAUUGGUCUGACACAGGACCUGAUGCAAGACCAGAAAGGGAUACAACUUCAACUGUCAAUUUAGGACAAGCUAGGCCUCAACUGCAAGCCACGUUGAUGCAACGCAUGACCGACGUGCUAUCACGCAUGUUGAACGAUCCGAUGACGAGAGCAGCCCUCAGUGCUGGCGGUGAAGAUUCCGUCGAGGAUGAGAAUUCGCAGAGGGUAAUAGAAGCUCGCGAAGGGGAAGCCACAGCGGCUGCAGCUUCCCCUUCUAAUGAGAUGGAAACUGAUCAGUCGGGAGAGAAUCAGAGCGCCACUGAAACCACAACUACUAACCAGGAAACUAACCAAUCAACAUCAGAGACCCCUACCACUCCCAGUUCAAACCGUUCAAAUAUAACUAGUCACCUACACAAUCACUUGACUGCAUUGAGAAAUCUCCGUGAAGGAUUCAUUGAACAGCAUGGUGCGGAGCCUUCCGUCAGUUUUAGGUAUUCUCAACAGAGCACAUCCAAUUCGACAAUUAGCUUAAGAGUUGGAAAUGAGGUGAACAGAAGCUGUGAGAAUGAAGGAAACGCUUCAACAACCCUAUCUGCUAAUACAGAAACACAAGAAAAUGGAACUAAUAGUAAAGACUCGGAACAAAUGCAUACUAGCGACGUCGAGCUUGAUUUCGACGAGGAAGAUGAAGAUGAUAUGUUAUCAGGAGAGGAUGGAAAUAAACUAGAAGAGAAAAUUGAUGUUUACGAAGCUGAAAUGAAAAUGAAGUAUACUGGUCACAGAAAUGCAAGAACAAUGAUCAAAGAAGCGACCUUCUGGGGCAACGACUACGUGAUGUCCGGCUCUGAUUGCGGCCACGUGUUCAUCUGGGAAAAAAAGCACCGCAAAGCUGAAGAUGUUGUUGCGCGCCGAUCAACACGUGGUAAACUGCCUGCAACCGCAUCCAGUUUUGCCGCUUCUAGCCACCAGCGGUAUCGAUCAUGACGUCAAGUUGUGGGCACCUAAGCUGGGGGAGUGCGGCUUUGAUCAGACUGCCGCUGACGAUCUGAUUGGCCGUAAUGCAAUCAUGCUAGAAGAAACUAGAGACACGAUCACUGUACCUGCAGCAUUCAUGAUCAGAAUGCUAGCUUGUCUCAACCAGAUCAGAAGAGGCGUACGUAUUAUGAAUAACAGGAGAAAUACUGAGGAAGAGAGUUAAUGUUUUAUAGAAUUUGUUGUAUUCACGUUGCAGUAAUCAUUGCAAAGAAAUAAAAACAAACGCCAGUAUAGGAUUUUUACAGUUGAUUACUUGACUGGAUCAGAGCUCUUGCCACUCUAGAUGCUAAGAAUUUCGUAAAGAUUAGAAUGCGUCUAUUCAGAAUUACUUUUACUUCCCAGGCCUACUGGCGGGGAAAAAUUGUAAUCGCGAAUUUUUUCGAAAAUGAGAUAUUAUGUUUCUUGGAUGUUAUAUGACAUGUACAUGACGAAAAAACAUGUCACUCGUUUUCGUCGGUCUGUCCGCUAAUCUGAUAACCGCCUAUAACUUGAAGAGUACCGCUCAGACUUCGAUGAAAUUUUGCCGCGACACAACCAUCAUACGCUGAGCACUGUCUGCGUCUGAUUGACUCUGACUACAUUGCCGGUUCUCUCGAGUAACUAUACUAGUAUGGUUGAGCAACAUUGCUAGAUGGUCGAUAGAGCGGGGAAGAAACUAGCGUUAGCGGUAUCAUAUGGGUGGGGACUAUGGGGUUUGGACUAAUUCCAUGAGUCUGUUUGGCUAUCUUAAUCCAUUUAAUUUGCUUGAUAUACAUGUUUGUAGCUAGUGAACUGAUGACAACGUUGCGUGGGAAGUACAUAGUCAACCUACUUGAUGCCAUUUUCAUGACACACCUGUCUGUUUCCCAAAUCGAAAAAUAACUCUGCCUUCUGAACAUAAUAGUCAAUAGUUCAUGAUUUUUUUUGUAUUAUCUAUCGAGUACUUACCGUCAGUAUAAUACUGUGCACACAUAUUUAAUUCAUGAAAAUGUCUGUAUUGGUUUUUAAUUGAAUAUUUAAAACUGCAAUGCCAAUGACGUUGAUCUGUGUAACGUAUACGAAAAACAUUCCCAUUGAAUAACUGAAUUCUUACGAAUUGAUCAAACUGGCAGGCCGACAAACAAUGGCAGUGAGAACAAAGAUUUGAAAUCGGUCGAUAUUUUAUUAUUUUCCAUUUUUAUUAAUUAACUCUCGUUAUUUUAUAGCGCUUAAGUAUAGAAUAAUGUUGAAGAUUUAUGUGAAUAAAAAUAAUUUACCGAUAUUUGAAUCGCAUCCAUAUUCCAUAUUCUGGCUUGCUUGAGUGGCAAACAUUAAAAAUGUUUAGUGGUCACAGUAUCUUAGAAAUGUACUGUCAAGAUUCUGUAAUGGUACUUUUUCACUCACGGGUUGACUGUAUUAUUAUAUUGGCGUAGAUUUGUGUUUGUGAGAUGAGGAUGUAGUGAGUGAUCACAUUUUUUGGGUGAAGUUGAAAAAAACGUGAUGUUGCAAACCGUUGUGAGCGAGGUGCAUUAAGGUGUGUAAAGGAAGUGUAGCCGUCCAAAUUUUUAAAAUAUUCUUCAUAUGUUUAGAAGAAAACAGUCACAAAAAGUUACUUAAAUGAUAUAAGUGCUGAUAUAAUUCAUUUUUGGCGUAAACCAAUAAGUACAAUCUAAGAUUUAAAACGGAUGAAGUGAGGCUAGUGCCAAUGCUAAUGUGAUACGAAAUAAGGGGCAAGUUUUUCUAAAAACAUUUGCUCCCUAUUGUUUAUUUCAUAUGAUCAUCGUUUUUCUUGUAUAUUAUUUUGUACAUCUUGCUAUCUAAAAACGUCUUCAGUUAAAAUAUUUUGUGAUAAAAGUUUACGUAUGCUUUUUUACCAGUUUAGGAUCUUCACUGAUCACCUUAUUGCACUGCACCUGCCUUGAAUAGGAAAGAGGUAUUUUUCUUACAUUGUGAUGAAUGAUUGUAUAACGUUCCAAAAAAUCUGAGAAAUACUCUAAUGCUUUCUAGAUUCUGUUUUAAAUACGGCUAAUAAGCACAGGAAAUAUUACUGUAAACCUGACUGGCUUUUUUAGUAACCUAGCUAGGCACAAACUGCUUCAUACUAAAAUUGCGAGUGUAAUCAUCGAACUGAUUUUAACUCUGGAUACAUUUUUGUCACAUUAUGCUGUUUCAUAUCCCAUAGAAUGCAAAUAUCAUAGUUAGAUGCAACGUUGCCUGAAUUGAGAUAUCCUACUAGGCUUAGGGUUAUAUGUAUUUCUAUUUAUCUCUUAUUUUUUAGUACAAAAAAUGUGAUAUUUUCAGUAUAUAUGAAACUGUCUUGAUCAUUUCUCAGCAAAUACAUAAUCAGCUAAAAAUUUAUCAAAUGAACUAUUUAAGAAAUAUUACCAAUUGAAGGAGGAGUGGCCUAUAAUCUCACAUGCGACACUGAAACUUCAUUUAUGUGGUUAUUGUUAUCGUUUGCCACUGUGCUGUCACUUUUGUUAUGUUAUUCGAUUUUAAGAAAAAAGCUAGUUAAUAAUGAUGCUUCAUUCAUUGUCGCAUGGUCUUAGCGUCGGGAGAUUUUGUCGAAUGAAAAAUGUCGAUUGCGUCAGGAAGACGCUUUAUGAGUUUCGUCUGACAUUUCAGCUAUCUCGCAUGUGACAUUGGACAUUCGACAUUCUAGAGCACUCUACCAGGCUGUCCAACCAAAUCUGAGAGAAAAGGAUGCCCUACUGAAUUGCGUUAACAAAAACAAUUUAACAAAAAAUAUGUGACUACGUCAUAAACUUGACAGACUUGGUAGCUUCUAGUUGUGAUUUUUGCAGAUUGUAUCUUUACUUACAGUAUUAUGUUUCAAAAUUGUGAUGAUAAAAUAAAAUUUUCAUGUUUUCCUUGGAUCAAAGGAUUUUUUGGAAUUCAUAUUCACGGCUAAUGAUGCUAUACUUUGGAAUAUCUAUGUUAUCAAUUUUAUACUUAAAUCGCAGAGCUUGAUUAUGUAGUCUUCUGAAAUCCUGAAUUGACAUCCUUUGGAAACGAACAAGUAAAGACUUCAGCCAUCGGGUACUAGUUAAAAAGUCCAUUGAGCUUGAGUCGAAAUGAAGUAUAUUUGAGACAAAUACAUUUUUUAGAUUUCAAAUACUUUGUUGUAUACGUCACGGAAUCACACGUUGCAUCAAUCUAUAAUAAAAGCUUGUUGCGAUUUUUUUAGUAUCAUUUGAAUAAAACAUUAACAGGCUUAAUAUAGUGAUUUUAAAGUGCUAUAUUAUAUGAAAAACAUCUCUGGGAUCGUCUAGCUUUUGCGAUUCUUGAGACUUGGCAAAAAUUAAUGAAGUAUUUCACGCACGACUUAAAAACUGCAGUUUUUAGAAAAAGGUGCGAAAUUUCACUUGCGAACUUCGAUAAUAAUGAAGGUAACUUCAACUUUUCAUUGCUGCUCACGCGAAUGUUCACUAAGUUCCCAGGUAUAGGCAAUAAAAUCCCUGUAUUUAGUUCUAUUAAUUUUUUGCGCUCAUUCUGCUAAUAUAUCACACGAUGCGUGCGGUGACUUUUCUAGCAUUAUUUAAACAAAAUGUAAUUUUGGGAGACUGUUUGGACCGUUGUGAUUUUCAGAGGCGAAGACGACAACAGUCAGAGCCAUCUGCCGGAAAUUGAGGACGGAACCAAAAUGUGAAGAAUGAAUUGCCUCUCUUCAUAGACGACAAGCUUUUUAUUGAUUUGUUCGCUAAUUUUAUGUUCCCUUUUAGAGUACUUUUAAGUUCAUUUUUAUUUGCCCACAAACAAAUUAUUAUUCUAGUUCAACUUACCUUCUUAAUUUGAUUUUAUUUACGUCUACAAUAAUUUUUUUUAUCUAUCUUCAUUGUACAAAGCCUUCAAUGUUUCUUGAAUUCACUCAUUAUUCACUAAUCAAGAGAACAAAACAUCCAGUAAAAAUGAUUUUAUUUAGAUGAAAGUUUACAGUUAGAUAUCAGCAAAAGGAGGUUUCGAAACAAAAAUUUAAAAUGAAAAUAUUUGCUGUAUUUUAAUUUGUAUUGGAAUACGGCUAUUUGGAUUCAUUUAAAUAUGCUUACUUUAAACUUGAUUUUCAUUUAUGUAUUUGAGUUAUAAAUAUACGAUGAGGUUCAAAUUUGGUUAACGUUAUAAUCUGUCUGAGAGAGAAGCGCGAGAAGCGAGCACUAUUUAUGUUAGAAAGAGUGCGCCGAUGACAACGCGGCAAACGGUAGCUGCGUAACUCUCCUCGUCACUCGGGUUGAUAGGCAACAAGGUGCUUCCAUCUCUAUCUAACACACGUAUUCCACACCUUUCUCACUCUCUCUCUCUAUCUCUCGUACACAUUACGACGUCAGUGGUAUAUGGAUUUCACAGUAUAUACGUUAUGUUACCGGUAAUCUGCAUCAUUAAGGUAUUCUAUACAAUACAUAGGCAAUCAAUAGACUACCUGGGUUGCCCAUGUAUGAAAUAUUGUGAAUAUUAUUAUCCAUAAUGAAUACAAUUCCUAAGAAUUGUAUAGAGUACCUGUUGUUCCACCCGGAAUGUGUAAAAUAAAUAGAUCUUGGUCUAAAUUUAUCAUUGUUAACCGGCAUACCUACAAAAUGACGGGCAAAUAAAACAAGUUAUAUUAUUUGAAAUCAACUUUAUUAAAAUUAACAAUUAGAGUGCUCCUUAAAAAUAAGCUUUAUGAAAAGGGCAAAAAAAACAUUUCUGUUACUAAAGUAAAAUCACAGUAAAAUUAAAGUGAAAGUAAAAAUUAUUCGAGUAGUAUUUGCAUAUCGGUCAAAUGUAUUCUGAAUAUGAUUCAAAAUACCGAGUAUUCGAAUAAAAGUUAGCCCUACUUGGUUCUAAAGAGCUGCUAGCGAUUUUGAAGGAAGGCGGAUAUUUUCACUUCAAAAUUUAAUCACGUCCAAGUGUAUAUAAAAUAUAGUUCAAAUAACAUCAUUUCACUGUAGGUCCUAUUAUCUUUGCCAUAGAGUAUAUAAAACUGAAUUAGCUGGAAAGGUGUACUGAUUAAUAAUGUAUUUCAAAGGUUCCUUGAUAGAUCUGGAUAUGCCAACUUAUUGCGGUUAAAAUAAGUAUACAGUUCCUUUUGAAUACAUUUUGAAUAACAUACAACUUGAUUUUAUAAAAACCACAAAAAUAUCUUUGAAGUUGCGUUUCGAUUUGAAACUGGCCAAUUUUAAAACCACGUAGGCACUAUAAUUAUAUUCUCACAAAUAACUGAUUUUACCUCCUGAGAAUUUUAAGGUAUUUAAGACUGGAUACAUCGGAGAUAUUUGAAUCAAACCUUUAAGUCUAUUAAUCCGAUUUUUUCACAGAAUGUUCCUUCGCCGUACGCAACUUCAUAGAAACUAUUUGAGAUUGACCCAAAUCAGGAGCAACUGUGAGAACUAAUUUGUUGUAAGGAUUUAUUCUUUGAAUAAACACACAAUGUUCAAUUAUAGAAUAUUUCGGAAACUUCGAUAAAGUUACGUUUGUUUUGCAUAUGAGCAGUUACACAAAACAAAGUCUAGUUCGUAUUACAGUCUAUGAUGCCAUUUUGUUGCAACAAAUUCGACCAAGUACGUUUUUUGAGCAUAGAUUUCUAGUAAUAUUGAAUUAAUCUGCAUAUCUCAUAAAGAGAUUUUCUCUUCGAUCUGUAACUGGUCAAAAUUCUUCAGGAAUAUUCGACUGAGUCACUCAAUUAUAACAAAGAAUUUUCCGCUACCAUUUUAAAAGCGUUUUUUCGAUUAUUGGUAUCUACAGCUAACUUCAUAUUAUUAUUAUUGGAGUAUUUAAAACACUACCGCCUGAAGAUGAAUUUCAUUAUAGUCAUGCAGUUACUUUUCUUAUAAGUUAUUUAUCAUUAUACAUGCCAUUAUAUAGAUGUUUUGUAAGCUAAAAUGGCAGAUCUUUGAACGGAAUGUUUAUUAUUAAUAUAGUUGAUUCACUAUAGGUAUUGCAUUCGUUGUCAGUGCAAUGUACACAGCAAAUACAGAAGACAGACCAUCCAUGACAAUUGAUUCAAAAGCAAUCGAAUCAGGUAGUAUCGACAACUCAGCGAUUCUAAAGGACGAUUUACUCUGGCUAAUAAUUGGAUUUUUAAUAAGAUUUACAGUACUUUUCAAAAAGCCCAUCCUACUUAUUUUUUGAACGAGUCAUGUUAGAAAGCCGAAACUCGGGAAUAUGAAAUUGAUGCAUGAAUAUCUUAUUUUAACGUAAAAAUAAUAGUUUAGAGUUUUAAGGUGGUAUAUUGUGUCAUUUUUUUAUUACUUGUUUGGAUAUUUAUCCUUCCAAGAGUUUUGAUGAUUUGGGUAAGUGACUCAAUGUGCAAAAACUCUUAACUUUGACAGCCUCGCAGAUAGUGAUUUAAUGUUUUAGGGUUAUAAAGUUCUCAUAAAGAGAUUCAAAUUGAGGUACUCGCAUUCCAUUAAAAAAAGUUCCAAGAUGGUGCCCAACCUCCAUCUUGAAAUUUUCAAUUGCCACUUUCACGCAAAAAUACUAUUCAUGUAUCAUUUUAUCGCCUUUUAGCUUGAUAACUUGAUCCGUUCAAAAAAUAAAAAUAAGGCAGAGCUUUUGAAAAGCGCUGUAUAAGUCAGGUACGUAUAUUUAAUUUUUGAGAAGUGAUGUAUGUACAGUAUCUUAUGGCGCAGCCAAGAGUAUUUUGCGUGACCCAACAGAUCAAAUUGUAAAAUAGAUAAUUUUUGUAUAGAUAAAUGUUUGAAUUGCUAUAAAUUUAUAUGGGUAAAAAUUGUGAUUUAUUUCAUCGCGAAUCUAGUGUUUAGUUGUAUGAUAUUAUGUGUAAUUAUUCUUCCUGUUUAGGUUAAUUCGUUGAAUAAAGCACUUAGAUUUUU